ACACACUUUUGAGCUCACACAUUGACUUUCCCACCAUCGCACACACACACCCUCUGUGGAUCUCACAUAGCGGACCUGCCACCACAGACCGACACACACAUAUCCGGUGUGUAUCCCACUGACUGCAUGGCUGAGGACAGUAGUGACACACACAUUUAUGGUGUGUAUCACGCCGAACACACCAGUGAAACACACACCUAUAGUGUGUAUCAUGCUGAAGAAACCAGUGAAACACACACCUUUAGUAUGUACCGCGCUGAAGACACCAGCGACGCACACAUCUGUGGUGUGUAUCAUGCUGAAGACACUCGCAACGUUCUGGCCGGGAGGCUGAGAUUGAUUCACACAGUGGAGAGCACAGAGGAGUCUGGAGGAGAAGAGAACUACGAGGAGACGAGAGGAGGAGAAACCAGCGAGGAGAUGAGAGGAGGUGGAACUAGUGAGGAGACGAGAGGAGGUGAAACUAGUGAGGAGUCUGGAGGAGAAGAGAACUACGAGGAGACGAGAGGAGGAGAAACCAGCAAGGAGAUGAGAGGAGGUGAAACUAGUGAGGAGAUGAGAGAGGGAGAAGAGAACUACGAGGAGACGAGAGGAGGAGAAACCAGCGAGGAGACGAGAGGAGGUGAAACUAGUGAGGAGACAGAAGGAGGAGAGAACUACGAGGAGAUGAGAGAAGGAGAGAACUACGAGAAGACGAGAGGAGGAGCAACCAGACAGGAGACGAAAGGAGGUGAAACUAGUGAGAAAAUAAGAGGAGGAGAGAACUACGAGGAGAUGAGUGGAGGAGAGAACUACGAGGAGAUAAGCGGAGGAGAGAACUACGAGGAGACGAUUGGAGGAGAGAACUACGAGGAGACGAGCGGAGGAAUCGGCAAGGAGACAAGAGGAGAAACCAGCGAGGAGACGAGAGAAGGAGAAACCAGAGAGGAGACGACAGUAGACACACAUGAAGGAGACGCAAAUCAGGAGCACGGAGAGGGAGAGCUCAAGAGUGCUGCAAUAAGCAAGAGGGAGGAGAGGAGGCGUGCUCGUGACACGAAAUUGGGUGUUGUGAAGCCAGAUGCUGAUCUACAAAGGUCAAGUCCCCAGAUACAGACACAGGUGGAGGAAGUGAAGUCAGCUGACGGUGAAAAACUGGAGGGGGCGGAGCUAGUGGAAGAGCUGCGUAGGAGGAGGCGGGCCAAGCAGAAGGCUGCGAGGACCUCAAAGGUGGCCGUGGAAGCGCCCGUGGUGGGUCCUGUUGACUCAGUAGAUUUCCUGAAGGCUGCAGCUAAUGGCAAAGUCAAAAUGGUGGAGAAGUUUCUGCAGGACGGGGGAGACCCAAACACUUCUAAUGAGUUCAGGAAAUCAGCGCUACAUCAUGCAGCUCAGGAAGGUCACACUGCUGUGAUACAGAAGCUUCUGGAAUAUGGAGCCGAUAUCCAUCUAAAAGACCGGCUGCACAGUACCGCAGUGCACUGGGCGUGUAGGGGAGGCAGUCUGGCUGCCCUGAAACUUCUGCACUCCCACGGCGCGAACCUGAACGCCAGAGACAAGCUCUUUAGUGCUCCUCUGCAUGUGGCCACCAGAACGGGACACUACCAUGUGGUGGAGUACCUCCUCAACAAUAAAGUCAAAAUCAACAGCAGAGACCGGGAGGGAGACACUGCGCUGCAUGAUGCUGUGAGACUCAACCGCUACAAGAUCUCCAAACUGCUUAUCCUGUCCGGAGCAGACACACACAGUACCAACAUUAAGGGACUGAGGGCUAUGGAGCAGUUGAACUCAUGGCAAGACGACGUCCUGGACACACUGAAGAGGAUGGAACAGCUCAGAGACCUGUAGAAGACCAUUACACACACACACACACACACACACACACACACACACACACACACACACACACACACACACACACACACACACACACACACACACACACACACACACACACACACACACACACACACACUCACAUACUGGUUAGGGUUUCGGGCUUGUGACCGGAGGGUUGCCGGUUCGAUCCCCGACCAGUCCACGGCUGAAGUGCCCUUGAGCAAGGCACCUAACCCCUCAUUGCUCCCCGAGCGCCGCUGGUUGGGCAGGCAGCUCACUGCUCCGGGUUAAUGUGUGAUUCACCCCACUGUGUGUUCACUGUGUGCUGUGUGUGUUCACUAAUUCGGUUAAAUUGGGUUAAAUGCAGAGAAACGAAUUUCCCUCACGGGAUCAAUAAAGUAUAUAUUCUAUUCUAUUCUAUUCUAUUCUAUUCUAUUCUAGUGAGUCGCUCAGUAGCUGGUGGUUUUAGACUGUGAUGAACUUAUCAGCGUAUGUGGACUUGCAGGUGGUUCAGAAGCCUUUGCUUUUUAACUUGUGAGUGAUCACCUCCGAUGGUUUAAGCCUUAAA